GAGAGAGAGAGAGAGAGAGAUGAGGUUCUGGCAGGGCGAGGAGUGGCGCGUUUCAACUUGGCCAGCGUAAAUUGCCCCCAGUUAAAGGAUUGACUUUCAUUGUGAUUAGCCCUAUUAUUAGAUAAGUCUCGAUAAUAAAUGAUCACGCAGAGAGAGGCGUCUUGCAUCCUGACAGUCAUCCACAGGUCUGCUGGUCUCACCCAGCCCGCACGGCGCGCUCCCUGACUCCUCUUAUUUUAUUUAUUUCUCGACGACGCGCGCCCCCGCUGCGUAAACCAGAGCGCUCCCCCGCUCUCGCCUCUCCUCACUUCGCUUCCUCUCCUCCUCUCGACAGCAUCCAGAACUAUAGCGCAGCCGUCCCCAUCACUCGUUUUCCUCCUCUCUCUCUCUCUCUCUCUCUCUCUCUCUCUCUCUCUCUCUCUCUCUCUCUCUCUCUCUCUCUCUCCCUCUCACUCUCUCUGCCAGAUCUCUCUCCUCUGCGUCUCUCAUCCCUUUUCGCCUCCCGCCCCCAACUCACCACCUCCCCCUCCACCCCCUUCUCAAACCUCCCUGGCUGGUCCCUCUCACUCCUCUGACGCACGACAGGGAAACGGACCCGAGGAAAGAAAGACCGAAUAAAAAGAGGGGGAAAAAAAGAAAAGGCGAAGCAGCAGCUGACCCAACAAACGUCGAUGUGAUCCACGGAUUCUCCUACUCCUGCUGCGCCUGACAGAAGUAAGCUCCCGGAGCCGAGGGGGAGAACACUCUCACCCGGCUGCACUGCUGUUGAGCGCUCGCCCGGGAGUCGGCGGAGGAGAAGCAGAAGAAGGAGGAGGAGGAAAGGGGUGGAAGAGGAGGAAGUGGACGUACACAAGUCGAGGACUUGCAUUUUAAGCAAACUGCUCUGGAGAGAGAGAGAGGGGAAAAAACGGAGACGAGAAGAAGGGGAGAGAGUCACCGGAGAGUGGGAGAGAUUGCAUUCCUAUCACGUCUUAAUUUCUCCUCUCUCCUCUCUUUUGCCUCAGCCACUGAGAGAGGGUGAGAGAAGAAGAAGAAGAGAGAGCGGGAGGGAGAGAGAGAGAAAGAGAGAGAGAGAACGAGCAAGAGAGAGAUCUAACAAGAUUCAAACUAGUGGUCUUUUUUCCCGAUGCUUUCCAAUUGCAGUGCGAAACUAAGCCCGGCGUCGGACGGUGAGCGGAACGCACCGGGCAAGAACGGGACACAUCGCAGGAGGAUAUGUGAAGUUGGAAUCCCACUAAACUAAUGCUGUGAAGUGGCUCUGUCCCUGGAGCCAAGACUUCAUCCCCUUGGUGUCAGUGAGGAUGCUGUGGGUUACCUUGCUGAGCACCAUAGCCUUAGGAUGGACCACCCCGAUCCCACUACUAGAGGACUCCGAGGAGAUCGACGAGCCCUGCUUUGAGCCCUGCUACUGCGAGGUCAAAGAGGGCAUCUUCCACGUCCACUGUGACAGUAAAGGAUUUACAAAUGUCAGCCAGAUCUCCCAGAUAUGGAGCCGGCCCUUCAAGCUCAACCUGCAGAGAAACUCCAUGAGGAAGCUUUACUUUAACAGCUUCCUCCAUCUUAACAAUGCCAUAUCCAUUAAUCUGGGUAAUAACGCCUUGCAAGAUAUCCACGCCGGAGCGUUCAAUGGCUUAGGAAUACUUAAACGGCUGUUCCUGCAUGAAAACAAACUAGAAGUUUUCCGGAACGACACUUUCCUGGGGUUGGACAGUUUAGAGUAUCUCCAGGCAGACUACAAUGUUAUCAAAAGGAUUGAAAGUGGUGCAUUCAGGCACCUUCACAAGUUGAGAGUGCUCAUACUAAAUGACAAUCUGAUCCCAGUGCUCCCAAAUUAUCUUUUUCGAUCUGUAUCACUCACACAUCUGGACUUGAGAGGAAACAGACUAAAGACUUUGCCGUAUAAGGGCAUGCUGGAGUAUGUGGGGAGGAGCUUGAUGGAAAUCCAGCUGGAGGAGAAUCCCUGGAACUGUGUGUGUGAGAUUGUCCAGUUAAAAACGUGGCUGGAGAGAAUCCCUUACACAGCUUUGGUGGGUGAGAUCACAUGUGAGUACCCGUUCCACUUACACGGAAAAGACUUGCGGGAAAUCAAGCGCAGUGAGCUCUGUCCUCUGCUGUCCGAUGCAGAGAUUGAGGCCAAGCUGGGAAUUCCCAGAGUUCCGUUCAGCAAUGAGAACACAUGGCCUACUAAACCUUCCUCCAUGCUCUCCUCCUUUCACAACACAGCCUCUUCUGUGGAACAUAAGGAAAGAGUUGUCAAGCCGACCAAACGACCUCGGCCCACAAAGAACCCCCCAACUCCUCGUAGCAUCUACCCGGGCAUCAACCAGCCCCCCAUUGCCGGUUACCAAACAAGGCCUCCCAUUCCAAUAAUUUGUCCAGCUGGAUGUAUUUGCAAUCUCCACAUCAAUGACCUGGGGUUAACAGUGAACUGUAAAGAGAAAGGUUUUCACAACAUCUCAGAGCUCUUGCCACGACCCCUCAAUGCCAAGAAAUUGUAUCUAAGUGGGAACCUUAUACAGAAAAUCUAUCGUUCAGAUUUCUGGAACUUCUCAAGUUUGGAUUUAUUACAUUUAGGGAACAAUCGGAUAUCCUACGUCCAGGAGGGCGCCUUUAUCAACCUACCAAACUUGAAAAGCUUAUAUCUCAAUGGGAAUGACAUUGAGAGACUCACCCCUGGGAUGUUUCGGGGGCUUCAGAUGUUGAGUUAUCUUUACUUUGAGUAUAACGUAAUUCGUGAGAUACAACCUAACUCUUUCUCCCUAAUGCCCAACCUCCAGCUGGUUUUCCUUAAUGACAACCUGUUACGCUCCCUCCCCACUGAUGCUUUUGCUGGCACCAACCUUGCACGUCUCAACCUGCGCAACAAUUACUUCCUCUCCAUGCCUGUGCGUGGCGUCCUGGAGCAUCUGCACUCCAUAGUCCAGAUUGAUCUCCAUCAGAAUCCCUGGGAGUGCUCCUGUGAUAUCAUCCCUCUCAAGCAGUGGCUGGAAAAACUCUCCUCAGUCAUUGUAGUUGGAGAUGUCCUCUGCAAGACACCUGAGUUCGCUUUUGGGAAGGACCUGCGUUCCCUUGAGGUGGAGGUCAUCUGUCCUGAGCUUAAGUAUUCUUCAGGCCCCUCCCCGGCUCUGCCCGGUGGAGACGAUCUCACCACGGGGAGCUCUGACAUGGGGGAGGCAGGUGGGAGAGGGGCUGUCCCCCUGUCUGUCCUCAUCCUCAGCCUCCUCAUCCUCUUCAUCUCUGCCGUGUUUGUGGCUGCCGGGCUUUUUGCCUUUGUUCUUCGCCGCAGGAAGAAGCUGCCCUUCCGGAAACGUUCUGAGGUCGAUCUGACAGGGAUCCAAAUGCAAUGCAGGAUUUUUGAGGACCCACCGAGGCAAAGCAGUGCUGGGAACAUUGGCACGCCAGAGAAACCGCCGCCCAGUAUGCACACACACACUCACGCCAGUCACACACAUGCUCAUGGCCACGUCUAUGACUACAUCCCCCACCCGGUGACUCAGAUGUGUAACAACCCCAUCUAUAAGCCCAGAGAGGGGGAGAUAGCAGAGGAGGAGCGAGUGCAGUUUUCAGAGAAGAAAGACAAUGGCAGCAGUAGCAACAGUAACUACAGAACCUUGUUAGAGAAAGAAAGAGAGUGGACCCUGGCUGUCUCCAACUCUCAACUCAACACCAUCGUCACAGUCAACCACACCACAGCUGACAUGGCAGGAUUUCAUGAGAAUGGAGGGCUCUGCCCUACAGUGAUUGACAGUCAGAGGCCCACGCCGACAGUGGGUUUUGUAGACUGUUUGUAUGGGACAGUGCCCAAACUAAAGGACAUGCAUGUGGCGCAUGCGCAUCCACCAGGCAUGCAGUAUCCGGAUUUGCAGCAGGAUGCACGGCUGAAAGAGACAUUGCUUUUCACGGCGGGGAAAGGCUGCUACCCUGACCCGUCCCAAAGCGAUUACCUUGAGUUAAGGGCCAAACUUCAAACCAAGCCGGAUUACCUCGAAGUCUUGGAAAAAUCUUACCGGUUUUAGCAUCUCUAACCCAUGGAGAGAGAGAAAAAAAAAACACAAAGUCAACAUAUUCACUUUGCCACCCUCAAAAAACAAAAUCACCCAAAUCCAAUAUUAAAAAAUUAACUUGAAAAAGCAGCAUGAUAUAAAAUAAAAAAAUAUUAUAUUACAGUCACAACAAUGUUUCCCCCCAAAUCACUUUGGAGGAGAGGCCAUUCUCAGAUAUUUCAAUUAAGUGCCUUUUUUUCAGAGUAGCCAGCAAUGUCAACAGCCGUUAUUUUUAUAAUAUAUAAAUAUCUCUAUAUGCCCACAAGAGAGCAAAAGAGGAACAAGAGGGGCACUGGGGAAUAAAACAUACAAACCAUCCUACAUCUGUCACUAAAAUCCGUUUUUAUGGAGUUACCAUGAUGCGUUACCAGGUACCAUGAAGACACACGGGAGCUGGACGUCUCCCUGACUUGGGGUUUUUUCUUUCUGUCUCUUUUACCCCUGACUAGGAUGUACAAACACCUGGAGGCCGUGCACAUAAAGUUUGUAGGAAAAGAUCGAAAGAGAGGAAAAAAACAUAUAUAUUAAAAUGAACUGCAGUUUGCUGCAUGCACUCGCUUCAGUGCAGGAAGUGAGAGGAUUUACUCAGAACUAUCACAUCACAUUAUGAACAGAGAUACUGCAACGCAUUUACAGUUCAGUGUUCUAUUUAAUUUUUAUAUCUUAUUAAUAUGGUUAUUACUAUUAAUGAGGACUUCUGUCUAUAUCAGGGUGCUUCUCGUAAGAAAGAAGCGCUGACGCACGGAUGGUCAAACAUUUGUGAAUAUUAUUAUAAGACAAUGCCGAAGGUUUUCUGGAUAUUUCCACACACUUUGUUAAGACCCCUCCCCUCCAUUGCUUCUGGAUUCCCCAUCGCCACCCACUAACGGCUUUGUAGGAGGCACUUUUAAUGUUUUCUCUCUCACAAAGAUUUGAAGAAAAAUGUGCAUAUAUUUAUUCUGUAAUUUCAGUGAAGAAUUUAAUUGUAAAGGUAAUGUUAAAUCAAUGUAUAGUGAUUAUGCGUCUGGUAUAGCCUUCUUAAUAAAAACAAACUCUUCAAUCAAAUGAUGAAAGGGUUGAUGCCACGGUAACCUGUGUGUGGAUCGCUGCUGACAGGGUGUUUACUUUUGGUGUGCUGUUGAAGCUGUGGUCAGCCACAGCAAUAAUGCUGCUGGAGAUGGAAUAAUAGAGCGAGGGAACGUCGAGGAGGGCAAUAACAUUUAAACACAGCUUAGCUUCUUUAUAUUUUUGGAGUAGUACCAAAUUAAGGUUGAUAAAAGGGGCAGAGCUUUUCUUUUCUUUCUUUUUUAGAUUUUCCCAAAAAGAACAGGCUCUUCUGUUUAGUGGUAGUAGGGCACAAUAUUUGUUACACCGUAUUGUUGGUGCUAGUUGGAUGCAAUCUGGAGUUAAAGGAAAAUGCCAGAUCGAGUCAAGUGAAUGCUGCUGGUUUUGAAGUGGAUGAUAUGAGAGGCAUGUGAGGCAUGCUGCGAUACACAGGUAUUGCUGAUCUAGGCUAAUGAACUGUAAUUGAGAGAGUGUGUGAAAACGUGAUUGGAAGAUGCUCUUUGAAUUUUCACAUCUGAUUCCUGCGACUCCCUCCAAAGUAGCAGUGUGGAUUCAGUCCACUGGAGGGCGAUAAAAAGGUGUUCUCAUUCAGUUUGGUGUUUGUCAGAUUGGAUGCAGUUCUAAGGUCAUGCACAAAAUGUUUAUCCUGAAAGGUGAUAAAGUUUCAUAUUCAGGUAAAUAUUCAUAAUAAUUAUUUUCUAAAUAUUUAUAUACAAAAGUAAUAGGUGGCUUGCUCUUUUUGUUAAUUUCAGCAGUUUCACUUUUUCUCUUUUCAUCUCGUGAUGUUUUUGCUUUUUUGCAUCGUUUCAAUGCAAUGAUUUUUGUUCGGCAAUGUUUUAUAUUUGACUUUUUUUUUUUGUUCCAGAUUGUUGAUUACUGACUUUUUUAUUGCAUUGAAAUCUUAUGGGGUAAAUUAUUCCUCAAUUGUCUCUUUCAAAGGUAUCCUCAUUUUCUUUAAUUUAGCUUUUCAUAAAAUGCUAUAUUUCCCUAUCUUAGCCUCAGUCAUUCUGGGACCAAGAGCAGACAAAAUACAACAGAACGAAAAAGACAGAUCUGAAAAUAUGUUUGAACCAGCUGUGGGUAAAUAUGCUUUUAAAGUACACUGACAUUAUUUGUUUUUUGGGUUUUUUUUGCCUUUUUCCUAAGGUGAAAUUAUAUAUUGGGUGAAAUAUGAUGUCUUCUUGAUGUUGGUAAAUUUGUGAAUAUCUAUGGAAGGAAGCUGCAUUUUCAGUUUGUUUUAAAAUGGGAAUGAUAUGCAAUUUGCUUUGAUUUCAGUAGGUUCACUAGGAGUGGUGGUACUCAUUUGCAACUGGGUGUUACAGUUUGUCAUAUGUGUCAACUUACAGUGAGUCAGAAAUAUGUAGCAAACCACAUGCUUUCCUGUUAACCGGGGAUGCCCUUAGCAUCUACAACAGUCUUCUCUAGUUUUGCUCAUCAGUGAUUCAGUCUAUAAGUUUCCUAAUAUGGAACAUUUUACCUUAUGUUGUAUCCAUUGUUUCUUUUUUCUUUAUUUUGACAAUUAUUGUUGCUCAAAUAAGUGGAGCUCACCUUCAUAUAAAGCCUUUGGAAGCAUGGUUGCAUAACAUCAAGGCUCUUUGUUUUCUGCUUUCAGAAAGUUUCACAAUGCUGUACCCUCAUGUUCCGCUGCCUCACCCCGUUUGUCUGCUACUUUUAUGCUUUAUUACUUAUACACAUAUGCAGAUACAUAUGCGCACACACUUACACACACAUAAAGCAGCCUUCCUUUCCCUGACCACGAGGUUAGACUAUAUGAUCAGCAUUUUUAGCGUGCACUCAGUUUGAUUAAAAACAUAAUGUAUUACUCUGUUAACCCCAACUCUCACUGUCACACCCACUCCCAAAUGAAUAAAUGAAUAAAUAAAGUUUUGGGAUCAUUGAUAAUUUUGCUUCAGUCCCAUAACUUGGCAACCUUUUAUCCUCCACCCCCAUCACCCGCCUACCAUAAUAUUUCACAAAUGACUGCUGGGCUUUGUCCCAUUUUCCCAUGCUGAGUGGUUUUAUCCCAAUAAAUCCUCUUGUUAUCCUGCA